AUGACUGGGUUUUGGAAGGUAACUGGGUCUGCUAUCUUGUUCGCAGCUUGUCUCCCCGUAGCUUACGCCCAAAAAUGUUCAUCCCAUCCAAAAGAGCACGUUGGUGCUUCGGUGCGAACUAGUAGUGGGUUGAUCAAGGGUCAUCCUGCACCUUACAGACCUGAAGUAUCAGAGUACUUGGGCAUCCCAUAUGCCUCUCCACCAACUGGCGACCUCCGAUUCGCACCUCCUGUCGCCUUUGCCUCUGAGGAUACCAUUGAGGCAUCUUCUGACUGCCCUGCAAACACUGGCUCAACUCCAACAGAUUACCCUGGGUACACUCCGCAGGCUAUCAAGAUAUUGAAAUCAUUCAGACAAGAAUUAGGGACUUUUCAAAGCGAAGACUGUCUUUAUUUGAACGUGUGGACACGAACCACUGUUUCUGAGUCCAAACCAGUCCUUCUCUGGAUCCACGGUGGACGUUUUACCAACGGUGGCGCCAAUAACCCGUACUAUGAUGGACAAUCUUUGGCAGAUGAGCACGAUGUGAUAGUGGUUACCAUUAACUAUCGAUUAAACAUUUUUGGGUUCUCGGGUGCACCGAAUCUACCUCAGAAUGUCGCCUUGCUCGAUCAACGUAUGGCAGUAGAAUGGGUUCAACGCAAUAUCGCUGUGUUUGGUGGCGAUCCAGAACGCAUCUCCAUCUUUGGCCAAUCUGCCGGUGGAUCUUCCGUUGACUAUUACGCACAUGCUUGGGCUGAAAAUCCCAUUGUUGCCGGACUUAUCUCACACUCUGGAACGUCACUUAGCUUCGUGCCCAAUACCGCUGAAGAAUCCGCCAGUUAUUUUUACACUGUCUCGAAAGCUCUGGGCUGCGGCGAUGCCGACAGUGACGCUGAUGAGGUUGUCAAGUGUGUUCGCCAGAAGCCAUUUACUGAUGUGGUCAAGGCUGCUGGUAAGGUCUCAGCAGCAUCAUCUCCGGCACUUCCACAGCCUGUUUUUCAUCCCACUGAGGAUGGAGUGACAGUGUUUGAUAACUAUGCUCAGAGAACGUCUGCUGGCAAAUAUGCUCAUCUGCCAUACCUCAUCAACAGCAACAAUUACGAAGCAGGAUACUACCGCAUCAGCGCAUAUGGAGGAAACGUCUCGCUCACGGAUGACCAAUGGGACAAGUACAACCUAGCAGCAUUCACUUGUCCAAGUGGAACAUCGGCAAGAGGCCGUGCCACGAAUGGAGUUCCAAUCUGGCAGUCCCACUACUUCGGUGACUGGGACAACCUACAUCUUUACCCUGGCAGUGGUACCUACCACGGCGUUGAUCUCCUCAUGCUGUUUGGGACCGCGGAGCAUGUCAGUGGAAUCAGGAAUUCUGACAAAGAAGACGAAUUUGCCCACUACAUGGCUUCUGCCUGGGUGGCUUUUGCUAGUGAUCCCCGGGAGGGACUGACCAAAUUUGGAUGGCCCCAGUACAAUGCUGAUGAGAGUACACUUGUCGGACUGGCCUACAAUGGGAAGAAUGCUGAAUUUCUCAGGCCUUCAGAUGUUGAACAGGGCUGUGCUGCUUUGAAGGGGAACAACACAUACGGAAAGGGGGCGUUUUAA